CGCAGCAGGAUGGAGCCGAGCAGCCGAUGGGAGCCGCCCGCAGCCUGGAGCACCGCAGCCUCUGCCCGGAGCACCGCAGCCUCUGCCCGGAGCACCGCAGCCUCUGCCCGGCCCACCGCUCCGCACGCACCGCCUCGCCGCCGGCAGCGCUGAGCAGCACCCUCUGCCCGCGCAUGGAGCACAGCGCCCGGGAGCGCCAUGGCCUGGGGUGGGCCCGGCUGGGCUUCGCCGCGGUCUGGCCCAAGCUGGCCGGGCCUAGCGCUGCCCCCGCCGGAGCCUCGCCCCAGGCGCCCCCCCCCUUCUCAUGGCUGCGGCUCGUGUCGCAGCUCCUGUCCCCGCCGCCCGCUCUGCUGCAGCGGCUGCUGCCCGGCCCCACGCUGAGCAGCCCCGCCAAGGGUCUCCCGCCGCCGCUGCUGUUGGAGCCGGCCGCGCUGGACUGGGCCGAGGAGACGCUGGAGAAGAAGCCGGAGGACGGCGCCGAGGCCCCGCUGGGCCUGGGGUGUAGCGAGCUGGUGCGGAGCCGCCUGCUGCCCCUCUGCCUGCAGCGAGUGGAACUGUACGUGCGGGGCCCGCAGCAGGGCCCGGGCGGCGGCUCUAGGGAGAGCCAUUUGCCGCAGCCGCUGCGAGCCGAGGGCCCCGCCGAGGCCGGGCUCCUCCGGGGCGCCUUGCCCGAGGCAGAGUUCGUCCGCAGCAAGCGCUUGGCCUUUCUCCAGCCGUGCCACUUCGGCAGCGGGGGCCUGGCCGUGCCGGAGCCGGACCACGGCUACCACAGCCUGGAGGAGGAGCAGCAGCACAAGGGCGGUUGGCAAGAGGAGGUAGGGGCACGGCGGGACCAGCGGUGCGAUGCUGGGGAGUUGAAGCGGCCCCAGGAGCCGAGCGACACGGGGACACGGCCCGGAGGUAGUGGUGCCUUGGAGCAGGAGGGGGACCGGGGCUCAGUCGAGGAGGGAACACUUGAGGGGGAAGCCUUGGGUGAAGAGGAUGGCGAGGACUCGGAAAUAGAGCAAAUCCUUCCCGUUUCGGUCAGACCCGCCUGUGCCAAUAAGUUAAUAGACUAUAUCAUAGGGGGAGUUCCCAGUGGGGAGGAAAGUACGGAUGAUGAGGAAGACUGGGAUGAUGAUGACGAUGGUUUCAAUAGCGAAGAGGAGCUCCCCUUGGAUUCAGACGCUCGUAGCCAGGCCGGGGAGAGGCUUCACCUCUGGAAUUCCUUCUAUAGUUUGGAUCCUUACAACCCUCAGAACUUCACAGCCACCAUUCAGACAUCUUCCUGCGAGCCGGGAAGCGACAUGUCAGAUGUAGAAGAGGAGGAAGAUGAUGAUUGUUCGUGGGUCGAGGAGUCCUCGGGCUCUCCUCACCCCAGUUCUGAGGAGGAAUGGGACUGUAGCAGUGGGGAUGAGGCAGAAAACUUGAAGCUUUGGAACUCAUUCUGUACCUCAGAUGAUCCCUAUAAUCCUUUAAACUUCAAGGCAGCCUUUCAGACAGCAGAGAAGAAAGGGACGCCUGGUUCAAAAGGAGCAGAGAGGCCAAGUUUGGUCACUUCCGAGUGUAGUCCUUUAACUAACUGUGGGGGGGAGCUGGAAGAGCCGGACUGUGGGGUCACGGUGCUGCAUGGCAUUCUUUCUGCUGAGAAAGGUCCCAGAUCCAAGAGGAAAAAGGUGACCUUCCUUGAGGAAAUUACUGAGUAUUUCAUAAGCAGCGAGGAGGAUCGGAAAGGACCCUGGGAAGAGAUUGCACGGGAUGGAUGCAGGUUCCAGAAACGGAUCCAGGAAACAGAAGAAGCGAUAGGAUACUGCUUCACAGCAGAGCAUAGACAGAGAGUAUUCCAUAGACUCCAAGAAACUUACUACCAGAGGACUGACUUCUUCUAGCACCUUCAAAGACCUUGUAGUUUGUGUGACCCUGAGCACUCAUGAACGUCUUCAAAACACAUGGCAGCUGCAUGUGCUCUUCUGAAGUGGGGAGAGAAGUGGGAUUUUAGCACUUUUAUCCCAGUUGGAAUAUACCUGUGUCCCAUUUUGAUAUCCAGACAAAAUCUUUUGAGUAUCAUCAGGGGUAGGGGUGGUAUAAUUGCAUUCCUUUUAAGUAACACUUGAGGGACAGACUGCUUUAGGUUCAGUCCAUUCCAGAAAUGCCUUGUCUGCCGUAUGUUGGGAAGUGGUGACUAUUCAGUUGGAUUUUUUGCACUUUGAAAAAGCAAAACCUAUUUUGAAGGAAAUAUUUAUGGGGUUCAGAACCUAAUUCUUGCAGUUUUGAUUUAAAGAUUCCAGAGGUGUUUGCUGUUCUUGUGGUUCUCCAUUUCUUCUGGCUUGUGUAAAAGCCUCAGCUUUCGUUAGCCAAUAAUGUUUACUGUGCAAAAUGCCUUUUACCAUCUCAGUUUUGCAUGUAAUGUACUGCUUGAGUGUUAGUGUGGUGCUUUGGUGUCUUACUAUUUCAGUCUAGCACACUGGGGGAUUCAGAGGAGCUCUGGUGCACUAUGAGCCCUUUGGUUUAUCCUUAUUUAAACACAUACCUUUACCCAGUACUAUUCCAAAGGGUGCUGGCUGCUUGUGAACCAAACCUCUUUGCUUUCAGGGCACUGAAAGGCCUCACCCUGAUCAAUAAUUAAAGCUUCAUGGUACACAUUGAGGUUGAUUGAAUUUAGGUAGCCAUGCAUAGCCCCUAGUCCUUUAGUUGACCUUAGAGCAACUUCUCUGUAAUGGAUUUUGCUUUUUUAAUAUGGAUUGAAGUGAAGGAUUAUCCGUUAUUUCUUGUAUCCAGUGUGCUCAUUCUGGUACUUGUGAGAAUUCUCUUUAACUUAGGAAAUCUAAGGCUACAAAUUGCUGUGUUCUUUACCAAAAGCCAGUAUUAAUACCUCUGUGCAUCUGCACUUUUGUUCAUCUGCUGCCAGAGUAACAUGUCAUGUGUGGGGUCUGGAAGGGGAGGUCCCUGGUGGAAGGCAAACACUCCUUAUUUAUGUUCUUAACUUCCAAUGUGUAAUUGUUGUUGCAGUCACACUAAGAAAGCAGCACCAGUGGGAUAUGUUUGGAUGUGAAGGAUGUUGUGUGGCUGGUAUCCAAGCAGGUAUGAGGUUGGAAUAAAUACCAAGCAUCAUAGAAUUCAUCUGUGUUCACAUGCAGUUGUGUGAAUAAGUGAUUUCCUACUUGAUUCCUGCAGCUAUUUCCCUUUUGUAAGGGGGAAGCCCCAGAACACUGCAGAUUUGUCCUGUCACCACUUCUCCUUGCUACAGAGGGUUAACGAUGAACUACAGUAGUUACCAUAUGAUGUUAAAAUACAGCUGAUGCUCAAGCAUUAUGAAAGCAAUGCAGCAAUGUUGUUUGCCAUCCCCAUGCCAUAGAAAAUACACUAACUGGGUUCUCCUGUCCCACAGUUGGAGUUUUGAAAUUGUAAUUCUAAUGAUUCCCUCAAAACCUGUGAAAUACCUUUAAUUUGGAGAUCAUUGCCCUGUAUAACAUUUGAUAACAGGGGUUCUGCUUUUUAGUUUAGGAAAAAAGCAUAUGGGAUGAUCAGUGGGGAAGAACAGAGAAUUUGUUCACUUCUGGUUCAGAUGUGACUGCUAAGUAAAGAUGCUGUUCGUUGCACUUGGUAGAAGACACUACAGUGGUUUUCCUGUGCCUUUCCUGGUUUCCUUGGUCUUGGAGAACCUGGUGCUUCAGUUACCCUGGACAACUUGAUUUACUGAUGCUGGGGUGAAGCUUUAGAGUGGUGAGAAUUAACCCUGCAAACAGUGAUCUGCUGUUUGCACAGGCUUGGGAAAGGCUGUACCUGCGAGUGAAACAAAAUGACACAGUUGGGUGUAAAUUACAUUAAAACCUGUUACUUCCAGUGUGCUUUUGAUGUUAAGAGGAUUUUUCCAGCCUGCAGUGUUCUUACUGAGCCAUACCUGCUUGGGUCAGCUUUCUUCUCUCCAGCCUCAUGUUUAAAGUAGGCAGUGUGUGAGAUGAGCAAAGGUUAACAGUGAGUUCAUCACCAUAACCAUCACCUGAGCCAGGUUGUCACCAUUGUCCCUCCAGUGCUCGUACAGGAUGUUCUUGCAGUGAGAGAGUAAAAACUUGGGCGCUUUAAAUCAAAACUGUAAGGAUCAGAUUUUAUUUUUAUAUAAUUUAGAGAAGCUUAGAAAAAAGCAACGUUCCACAUUGGCUUUCUACGGAUUUUAAUUGAUUUGUGUUGAGUUUGUUGGGGUUUUAUAUCUAAAGUUCUAUUUCUGUACAUAAUGAAACUAUUGAGAACUAAUCUGGGAAUUGGAAUAAAGAUAUUUGCAAGAUAA